GGCGGACUUGUGUAGCGCCGACCGCGGCGUGGUCUCGGGGCCUGUGCGGGUGGAUGGAGGUCAUCGAAGGUGUCCGCGACGUGGGCCUCUCAGCUGGGAGAGAAAGGACUGUUGAUCUCGGGCAACCAGGGCGCGAAGGUGUGGAUGGGGAAGAACUUUAAGAGAUCACUUGCUAGGAGGUUCUAUCUACCUGUUCCUGUGGAUCAUCAUGGCCGCUCGCCUGGUGAAGCGAUGCACGUGUCUCUUGAGAGAAGCUACCCGCCUAAUCCCUGCCACAGCUCCAGUCGGCUCACUGAGACUUUCUGGGGUGACCCAUAGGACUUUGACAUUUUCAUCUCCCUCACCCAGUUCCCACUCCCCAGGUUCCUUGACAGAGCUAGUAGAAAAGGAGCAAGUGUUUACUCCUUACCCAGAGCACCGAGAGGUAGACCACCUCAUUGAGAAAGCCACCAAGCCAGUCCAGCUACUGCAGCUACUGAAUGGUGACCACAGCUUGCAUCCCAAUCAUAGGGCCCUCAUAGUCAUCCAGCUCUCUCGCUUGCUGUCUGGAAAGCCAGAAGAAAAGGCCUUGCUUGUACAGGAUGCCCACUUCCAGCAACUUCUCCAACUGCUCAACAGUCAGAUAGCCUCAGUGUGGCACGGUACCCUGGUGAAGCUGCUGCAUAGCCUGUACACACUGCCGCUACCCAAGACUUGCAAGGAGCUGCUGUCAGUGGAGCAGGAGGUUCGCUGGCGCCUGCGGAGGCUCAAAUACAAGCACUUGGCCUUCUUGGCUGAGUCUUGUGCCACUGUGAAGGAGCAGCACUCCCAGGAGUUGCUGGCUGAGCUGCUGUUGCACAUGGAGAGGCGCUGGACAGAGAUUGAAGAUGGCCGCACAGUGGUAGCCAUUAUGAUGAAGGCAGGGCACCUCUCAGAGUCACUGAUGAACCGCCUGGAGGACAAGUGCCUGGAGCUGGUGGAACAGUUUGGCCCUGACGAGAUGCGGAAGGUGUUGCUGACGCUGGCAGCGCAGAGUCGGCGGUCUGUGCCACUGUUGCGGGCCAUCUCCUAUCACCUGGUACAGAAGCCCUUUCAGCUGACCAAAGGCAUGCUCCUGGACCUGGCCUACGCCUAUGGUAAACUCAACUUCCAUCAGACCCAAGUGUCCCAGCGCCUGGCUGCUGACCUGCUGUCCCUCUUGCCCAGCCUGACACCCAGUGAGGUGGCCCACUGUGCCAAGUCCUUUGCCUUGCUGAAGUGGCUCAACCUGCCCCUGUUUGAAGCCUUUUCCCAGCACCUCUUGAAGAGAGCGCAGGAUGUCACCCUGUCCCAUGUGUGCAACAUACUUCUGGCCUUUGCGCGUCUGAACUUCCGUCCAGAACAAGAGGAUAGCUUCUUCAACUUGGUGCAUGAGAGGCUGGAGCCAGCCUUGAUGAGCCUGCAGCCCGCUCUGCAGGUGGACCUAGUGUGGGCCCUGUGUGUGCUGCAGCAGGUGCGGGAGGUGGAGCUGCAAGCUGUCCUGCACCCUGGAUUUCACAGGCAAUUUCUAGUGAGCAAGUCUCCGAAGGACCAGAGCACCUUUCAGAAGCUGAUCCACAUCAAUACCACCGCCCAACUCGAGCACCCUGAGUACAAGGGGCCCCUCCUGCCAGCCUCUGUUGUGACCUCCAGUCCCUUCACCCCUGGCAAGAAGGUGACUCCUCUGCAAAAGGAGCUGCAGGAGACACUGAAGGCACUGCUUGGAGAAGCUGACCGGGGCAGCUUUGAGGUGGCCACGCAGUACGGAUGGGUGCUAGAUGCAGAGGUGCUGCUGGACACUGAUGGCCACUUUUUGCCCCUGAGGGAUUUUGUCUCACCUCACCUUGCCCAGCCAGUUGGGAGCCAGCCACUGCCCCCAGGAGCUAAAAGGCUCGCUUUCCUGCGCUGGGAGUUCCCCAACUUCAGCAGCCGGAGCAAGGACUUGUUGGGCCGCUUCAUCCUGGCCCGGCGACACCUUUUGGCCGCAGGCUUCUUGAUAGUAGAUGUCCCAUACUACGAAUGGCUGGAUCUCAAGUCUGAAUGGCAGAAGGGUGCCUAUCUUAAGGACAAGAUGCGCAAAGCGGUUGCUGAGGAGAUAGCCAAGUGAAUUGUCAGUCACCUCAGCCUAGACCCCAUGCCAAAGCGACUAGCCACCCUGGGGCCCAGCAGUUUGAGUGCUGGCAGACAAGGGUUGUCACCUUGGAGGAUAUGCAUCUCAGUUGCAGGGCUUUGGCCAGAAUGAGAGGUGCCAGCAGUUCGAAGAAACUGUAAGAUGAUCCGAAGAAACUGUAAGAUGAUCCGGUCCUGGGUAAUAAAUCAUUUAUUUUGGUGUUUAGCACCAAGCAGCUUCCUGGGCCUUGUCACUCACAACACCCUUUCUCCUCCCUGCCUGUCUGCCUGGGAAGGCAGCCUUCCGCAGGGCUCUGCGCUGGAUACCCUGUCCACCAGCAGAGGA